AUGGCAGCUCCACACAACGGAUCCAACAUAACGGCGAACUUCACCAACCAGUUUGUGCAGCCGCCGUGGCGCAUAGCUCUCUGGUCCGUAGCCUACAGCUCGGUACUGGCGGUGGCGGUGUUUGGAAACCUCAUCGUGAUAUGGAUCAUUCUUGCCCACAAGCGUAUGAGGACGGUAACGAACUACUUUCUUCUAAACUUGGCGUUUUCGGACGCGUCAAUGGCCGCGUUUAACACUUUGAUAAACUUUAUUUAUGCUGCUCAUGGGGAGUGGUACUUCGGGGAAGCGUACUGCAAAUUCCACAACUUCUUUCCGGUAACAUCCGUGUUUGCAAGCAUCUACUCCAUGACUGCGAUAGCUGUGGACAGGUACAUGGCCAUCAUCCAUCCACUGAAGCCUCGUCUAUCUGCGAAGGCCACCACAGCAGUUAUCGUCUGUAUCUGGAGUCUGGCCGUGGUUCUGGCCUUCCCUCUCUGCUACUUCUCUACCACACGAGCUCUGCCCCGCAGAACCCUCUGCUACGUGGCCUGGCCUCGCAUGGCUGACGACCCCUUCAUGUAUCAUACCAUAGUGACAGUUCUGGUCUACGUGCUGCCCUUAGUGGUGAUGGGCAUCACUUACACCAUUGUGGGGUUGACUCUGUGGGGAGGGGAGAUCCCAGGAGACUCAUCUGAUAACUACCAUGGACAGCUCAGGGCUAAAAGGAAGGUGGUGAAGAUGAUGAUCAUCGUAGUGGUGACCUUUGCCCUUUGCUGGCUCCCCUAUCACGUCUACUUCAUUGCAACAGGUCUCAACAAAGGUCUGGUUAAGUGGAAGUACAUCCAGCAGGUUUACCUGUCAGUGCUCUGGCUGGCAAUGAGCUCCACCAUGUACAACCCCAUCAUCUACUGCUGCCUCAACAGCAGGUUUCGAGCUGGCUUCAAGCGAGCUUUUCGAUGGUGCCCAUUCAUCAAGGUAUCCAGCUACGACGAGUUGGAACUACGCUCUACGCGGCUGCACCAGACACGCCAGAGCAGUAUGUACACGCUGUCCCGAAUGGAUACCACUGUCAUGGUGGUUUACGACCCUGCCGAGGGUGAUGGCGGUGCAGGCAGUGGUUCUGAAAGGAAGCACUCCAUGUCUAAUAGGAAGAGAAACUACAUCACGUCUCGCCACGCUGAGAUCGUGGGAUGCAACAGUGUCGAUAAGAAGAUGCAAAAUGGAGGGGCUCCAAGCAAUCAACCUGAGGAGUUCUCUUAAAGGUUGUUGUCACAGACUUACACACAGACAUAUACAUGCAUGUCAGAAAUGUACACACAGGGCACCCAGAUAGCUCAUUUGGUAGAGCGGGCGCCCAUAUAUAGAUGGACGCAGCGGGCUUGGGUUUGACUCUGACCUGCAACCCUUUGCUGCAUGUCAUUCCCCUAUUUCUCACCCCUUUCAAGUCUUCUGCUGUCCUAUCAAAAUAAAGGCUGAAAACGUCCAAAAAAUAAUCUUAAAAAAAGAAAUGUACACACAGGCGUAAUACACUGCAUAUACAAACAGUGCACAGAUGUUUGCUUAAUUUAGACAUAGGAGCAUUGUAUCACAGCAUUUAACAAAGAAGGCCAUAUGGAUAUAGAGAUUAUUAAAUAUUUUGGAUGGAUAAUGGAUAAUAUUGAUCUUUUAAGAUUCUCAGGAGCAUGGAUGGAACACCAGAUUCUUUAAAAUUGGUUCUCAGCUGAUACCGAGUGUGAUCCCUAAUUAUAUUUAUCAUAUGCUUGUUUUUUCCAACAUAAUACAACUGACAGUAAUAGGCUAUGGUAAACCUACAUUAAAAUAAGUAAAUCAAUUGAAAUAUGUAUGCACAGUGGAAUAGCUCUGAUGUAAAGGUCCCGAAAAAGAAAAAGGAAAUUAAAAAGAGAAUCUUUCUACAUUAAAUGUAAUACGUAUUUUAAACCAUGUGGCACGAGAGAGUUGAUUGCGAUAUAUAAUCUCAAUGCUAGAGAGGAGAAAUUCUCACACAUUGGACCUUUAGAAAAUGCAUUAGGUUUUUUCAGUAUUUUACCGUAAGAUUUUUGUGUAUAAUCUUGUAUUGUUUGUAUAUUAUCUGUGGAGAGGAAGAUCAGUGCAGAACCAUGGCCUGUUUCACAAAUAGAUUUGUUAGGAGUAUUUACACACAGAUCCCAAAACAUGGCACCAUCACAAUUCACAAAGGAUUGUUGUUUGCAAAUUCCAGAUACAUUUGUGUGUCCUCUGGGGCUCUUCCAUCUUUGGGUCGCAAAUAUGGUGUUUGUUUGGAUUGAUGAGAAGACUUAAAAAUCAACAGGAGAGGAAAUAAUCUGAUGUUGCAAAUUGCUGCUUGGUGAAACAGGCCUCUGCUUUGCCAGGAUGCUUUUCACCUCAUCUCUCUCCAGCAUAAACAAACUACUGAAGUUCAGGGUUUGUGCUCAAACAACAGAAUAACUGUGGAGUCAUGGGUAACACUUGCAAGUUAGCCCAGAAAAAAACAUGAAUCGAUCACUAGUGAGUGGGGCUUUGUUAGGGGGCCCUUUACAUGUCAUGCUCGGGAACAGCCAUUACAACAAAGUAGACGUACAAUGGUUAACUUCAACAGUAUGACCAUCUAAAUUUAAGACGCUUUGCCAUUGAGUGCUAUGUUGAAGUUUUCUCCUUAUCCCAUUAGUGUCUCUCUGAAUCAAUGAAAUGCUGUAAGUAGCUGUUUCCUUAAAGUACGUUCAGUACAUUUCACUCUAAUUAUGAUUAGCAUUGAAACACAGUCAGGGCAAUGCUGUUUUGGUAAGAUCCGGUCCCAUGAAUAAAGUGAUUGAUGAUAAAAUCUAAGCGUUCUACUUGAGGAUUUGAUGCUAGGUGUGUGAGACCAUCUUACAAUGAAGUUAAUCUGAAAAUAUGCCAUGGUGAUUGUAAUCAUGUAAGUAUGUAAUAGAUUUCAUUUCCAGAUGUAGGUAACUGUGAACUUUAUGUGAUGCAGAGGAUGCACUCUGUGCUAUUUCUGCCUGAAGCCAUGAAUGAGUAGCUGCUGAAAGUCUCCAAUGGAAUUGCUGUUAAUUGAACUCCAUUUGGCUUUACAUGUGGCUUUGAGUUUGGCUCUAAAAGUACCGUGAUUGAGUUUUGCUUUCAGUUAUGUAAGAGUUGUAAGAAACGUGUUUCCUGUAACUGACAACAAGCCAGAGGCGAAAUCCGGUUCAUUUGCAGCAAGCCAAAUAAACAGGGUGCUGGAGAACGUGCAGAUUGAAACAGAACUAAAGAACUAAGCCCUAGUGGGUCAAUAACAAUCCUUUUUUUUUACAGUACAUUUGCAAUUAAGUGAAAAAAAAAAGAAGCAGUACCGUGAAGUGCAACAUUUGUUUUACUGUUCUAAUGUUCUUUUAAUUGCCUUCAUACAAUGUGUAAUGAGAAAGCAAGACAGCGUUUGCCUUUUGUUGGUGUUUCAGCAUGCUGUUAUCCAGUGUUGCAUCUAUAUUUAGCUCCCUGCUUGUGUGCACAUCAAGUCACACUAGCCUGUUUAAUGUUGGGUUUACAAUGAGAUAAAUUGAACCAAACUAUGACAGGAUUAUAUAAAUCAUAGGACUAAUUCAUCCCCUCUUACUCUGUACAACACAUGAACAUGACUCAGUGCUGGGAAGUAAGUGUAAUAAUAGAUUUGUUUGAAUUGAUUCAUCAGUAGUGUUUUUUUUUUUUUCACCAAAUAGACCUUCUUUAAAGAUACUGCAAAAAAAAAAAAAGUAUCCUGUAUAAAGUGUGAUGUAUCUUGUAUAGAACUGAAUUUAGAAUUUGACAGCUUGUGAUUGCAGGUUAUUUAUAAAUAUAUUCAUUUAGGAAAAGUUUAAAUCUCCUAGAUUGUCAAGAAAUUGCAACCAUAGUAGCACAUUUUAAAUGUUUUUAAUCUUUCUUACCAACAGUUCUGAAUGUUAGAAGACUUCAUGAAAGUAUUUACUCAAGAAUGUGAAGAAAAUAAAAGUUGUGCAUUUCACUUUCAUGUAUUUUAAAGCUGUUGUCAAAUCAGUAUAUUGAAGUUGGUUAAAUAUUUAUAUGUAGUAAUCUAUUUUCAUGUUUCUCUGUAUAAAUGUUUGUGUUUUCUAUGAAUGUACAGUACAAUGUGUGCCUCUAUCUCUGUCAAGUGGUGAAUAUAUAAUUUGCUGUAUUUUUAAAGAAUACUUUGUUAAUUUC